AUGUCAGGCUCACGAGAAUACGCGCGCCAAGGAGCUAUCGUCGGCGAAUUUGACGACCAAGGCUCCGAUAUCUUUCUCGAAGACGAAGACGCUGAUUACAUCGAAGAUGAGGAAGAUGAGGAAGAGGAGGAAGACAUGCUUCUUCAAGUUGCAUUAGAAGAGAUGGUAGCCCAAGCAGAAGCACACGAUUCGUUUGGUGCUCAAUUCGACGACGAUGGCGAUGAUGAUCAAGGCGAUUCAGAGUAUGUCCCUACCGACGAAGAUGGGUCUGUGUAUCAGGAUCUCGUACAAGACGCCAGUGGGCUGGAGAUCGAGAUGGCCGAUGAUGAUGAUGAUGAUGACGAAGAUGAAGAUGAAGAUGAAGAUGGGACUGGUGCGAGAGACGACCGCAAUGGAGAAAGCGUUACGAUCGAUAUUCGCGAUAUUCUCCGAGCGCACCUCGCAGCAAGUAACGACGAUGAUGGAGACGGUGAAGACACCAGUGCGCUCAAUACUAGAGCUGCUAUCUCGCGAGCACUGAAUACUAUCGGUAUAUCUGGAUUGCAGCGACUCCUCGCCGCAGCAACAGGCGGUGUAGCCGCAGAAGACGACGAAGAAGACGAAGAUGAAGACAACUGGUACCACAUGGCCCGCUCCUCACAAAUGGCCGAUUUUUGGGAUCCUGUCAAACAACCCAUUCGAUCCGGCCAAGAAGUAGCCAUGAGCGGCGACUUUGGUCGACAAUCCAAACGACUGCUCGAUGCACCACCCUCCGCCUUCACCGAAACCACCAAUCUCUCCAAUCUCGUCAACCAACGCAAAUACGCACGACGACGCAUCGCAAAAGCCGACCUAGCUUCCUUUGUCCCCAACACCAACGGUACCAUUGUCGCAUCCUAUCCAGCCCGAGUCUAUUGUGGGCAGUACUCUCAAGAUUCGUCCUUCUUCUACACCUGCACGCAAGAUUUUAGAGUGCAUAUGUACGAUAUGACCACUGCAGGACCGAAGAAGGUGCAAGUUCACGAUGAUGGACCUAGACGACAAGCUUUCGAUACGGGAGGUAGAACACCGAGUGAUAACCAGGUGAUGUUGGAUUUUAGCAAUACUGGUGAUGAUGAUAUUGGGAUCUGGUCAAUCCGCUUUUCCAGCGAUUCCCGGGAAAUCGUCACAGGAGCCCACUUCGGUGAUAUUUACGUAUACGACAUUGAAGCUCGUCGUCGUGUGCUUCGAGUGGAAGGUCAUUCCGACGACGUCAACGCAGUAGCUUUUGCCGACGCAGCUUCAUCCAACGUUCUGAUUUCCGGAUCCGAUGACUCGUUCGUUAAAGUUUGGGAUCGACGUUCUCUCUCCGGAGGCAAACCGGCCGGCGUACUUAUGGGCCACACCGAAGGAGUCACCUACGUUUCGCCUAAAGGUGAUGGUCGCUAUUGUAUUUCCAACGGCAAAGAUCAAUCUUGUCGAUUGUGGGAUUUAAGAAUGAUGCAUUCCUCUGCUAAAUUCGACCGUAUGACUCACUUGGACUAUGGAUUGAGGAAUUGGGAUUAUAGGAACAUGUCGUAUCGGCAACCGAGGUAUCAGGCUCAUCCGCAGGAUUGUUCUGUCAUGACGUAUAGAGGUCAUGCGGUGUUGAAGACGUUGAUUAGGUGUCAUUUUUCACCGUUGGAGACUACGGGGCAGAAGUAUAUCUAUUCAGGAAGUGCAGAUGGGAAGAUUCACAUCUGGAACCUCGACGGUACAGUAGCGCAGGUGUUGGACAGGUCCAAGGUGAGACCGUUGUAUGCGGAGAAGGAUCCAGCGAACCAGAUUCACGCGUAUAAACUACCGGGAGAGGCAGCAGAAGGGGGGGAGAGUGAAGAUGAUGAUGAUGAUGUUUUCCGAGAACCUGGGUUGGCGUCGGAUCCAUCUGCGCCUCCAUUGCCGUGGUUUAAGAGGAAACAUCCAAAUAGACACUGUUCGGCUGGGGGAGCAGAUGUGAGGAUCGAUAAUCCUUUAGCAGCGGGUGGUGGUGGUGGUGGGAGGGGAGGUGGGAGAGCAGGGAGGGGGCAUCGAGGUACGGGAGGUGGAGCGGUUUGUACGGUGAGAGAUGUAAGUUGGCAUCCACAGGAACCGAGUCUGAUGUCAACCGCUUGGGAUGGAAAUGAAGGUGAAUCGGGUAGUAUCGCUAAACAUGAAUUGGCGGAUUGGAGUAAGAGACAUAUGACAUUGGAGGAUGUUCAGGCGUCGAGGGAGUUGGAGGCUCAGGGCUAA